UUCUCUUUAUAUCUCCUCAAAUUGUGGGAAGUCUUUUAUGUUGAAUUGUGGUUUUGGCUUUUGUUCUUGGCUGAAUUUAAUUCUUCAUUAUUUCAGCUGUACUUGGUGCUGCAAGGAGACAUAAUUUUUUCUCUUCUUUUUGGUCCUCAAAUGCUAUCUUUACCAUCAUUUAUUGGUUUUCCUGUUAACUUUAUGAAUGAGACGUCAGUAGAAUGAAGAGGUGGAAAGUUUUGUGAGUUUUGUGUGUGGCUAUUGUCAAUUUUUUUGUACGUUUUAUCUUCAUAUUCGUUCUUCAAUCCUUCAAUUUUCCGUGUUAAGGACAAUAAAGAAGGUUAUUCUGGGUUGUUAGGUUGAAGUGUGGAGUUCUAUGUUUCUUUUUAUUGUUUUUCAUUUGUUAGAUUGGAUGUGGAUUUGGGUUCUAGAAUAUUUUGGAAAAAAAAUCAUGUAUACAUAUGAAUGGAAAAUGCAUGAAAACCCCAUAACCCAAAUGAAUCUAGAACUUCAAUUGUAUUUAAAACAAAAGCCCUUUACGGCAGCAUUGUGGUACUGUUGAGCUCUUUCUUGGAAAACAUAUUCAGUUUUAGUGUUAUAUACGGAUUAAUGAAUGGUGUGCAUAUUGAUCCUUUCGAGAUUAUGCCCAUAAGCCCCAUAUGAUAGGAUUUUCAAUGAUAUUUGUUCAUCAUUAGCAAGAAUAUGUGUAUAAUUGAUGUAUUUUCUCUUUCUGUUAAUCCAAGAUGUUAGUUCAUAUUGCUAGGUGUUUUUCCAGUGCUUUAUACAAUUAUUCUGGACUCGCUACUCUUUUCUUUUUGAAAUUAGAAGUGGAUCAGGUUUAUUUUCAGCAAGUUGAAUGUUGGGGCAUGUGUUUAUAUGACUACAAACUGAUCCAGAUAAAUUUUGGGGUUUAGAGCUAUAUGAAAGUUCAUGUGUUCUAGGUACACUGCCGAACAAAACAUGAUGACCACCUCUUUAAAUAUUUCUCCUAUAAACUACUGCCUACACAAUUUAUGCCAGCAAUAAAGCCUCUAUUUUAAAAUUUGGAAUAACAGUUUGUGUUUAAAGAGGUGGUGCAAAUUUGUGUGUUUUUAAAAUUUGUAUUUAACAUGUUUUUGGUCAGACUGGUGAGUAAUAUAAAUUUUUUUUUUGCACUGAUUGGGGUCAUAUCUUCCUUUGUUGUAUUUCUUUUACUUAUAUAGAAGUCUAUGUUAUGCAGGUUAUGUGUCUUCUGCAUUUUGGCAUUUGAGUUGUUAAUCACAAGAAUAUAAAGCUACAAAUGCACAUAUUAAGUAUAUGGGGCUAUGUGUAUAAUUUAUGCAUUUUCACUUUCUGUUACUCUUGGAUUAACGAGUUCGGUUUUUCCGGUGUUUUAUGAAAUUAGUAGUCAGUCCAUUUUCUAUUCAAAAUUAGAAGUGAAUUUAAGUUUAUUUUCAGCAAGUUGAAUUAUGAUGUAUGAGUUUAUAUGACUAAACUGAUCCCCGAUGAAUUUAGGAGUUUAGAGCUAUAUGAAAGUGCUACAAGUGUUUAGGUACACUGUACAACAAAACAUGAUGAACACGUCUUUAGAUAUUUCUCCUACAUACUACUGCCUGCACAACUUGUCAUGUAACCCUUGCUUAACUCCAAAGGACACUAGCUAACGCCGCUGCAGAGCGCGGCCUCACAACUAGUUAUGUAAGAUGAGUCUUUACCAAGGUAGCGUCUGUUAAAAGCCCACUCUCCGAGCGCCUCGCCGUUAAUUCAUAGACAUCGUCUGUGCAGUCUCGUUCACAUGAUCAGUAGCUAAUUAUGAAAUUCAUGUUCAACCACCAUUAGAUGUAAUCCAAGGGUUGAAAAUAAAAUAACGCAAUUUUAAAAAGAUUCUCCUCACGUUUGAAUUUACAUCAAAUGGUGGUUGAUAAUGAAUUCCAAAGUCAGUAGGACUGAGUGAACGGGAUGGGUCGUAUGUGUGCGUGUUUGAACAGUGUUUUGGGUUAAAAAAUUUACCAUCUCUUACACCCCUAACGUCGCACGUGCCCUCCAAACCCUAAGUGUUGUGAUGCACUGCGCCUCUUCCAUUUGGAAAACCAAUUUCUAGGAAGAAAGAGAGGGUUUAUGAUAGGAAGGGAGAGAAAUCUGUAGGCAUCGUCUUGUGAAGGAACCUCUACUGCGGGCGUACCCAAGAAAUCGUGCAACCCAUUCGAGCCGAUUCGUUUAUUUGUUUUGGUCCCCAUGCCUUCCCAGAUUUGGAGUGCAAAGAGAGAUGUGGAGGAAGAAACGAGAUUCCGAUAUUUUCCGUCCAAGUGAAGAAGAAAAGAAACGUCAUCUUGAAACCUUGUACGAAAGUGAGGGGGGAUCUAGCAGCACUAGGUCAUUGGGUGAAAAUGGUCGGAGUUCAAACGAAGUUGAUGCAGAGUCAGAGAAAGAGGUUCACCGCAAAAUGUUCUGGAAAUUUUUGUGUAAUGUGAAGUAUAUGGUGAUGUCUUUAGAGCAGUUUUUCAACAAUGUGUUACUGGAUUAUGGUGUGGAUUUUGUGUUAUUGACAUUGAGGUUUUUGCAAAAUAACAAUCAUAAUCUGAAUCCCCCCUCUAUAAAGUAUUCAGUAAUAGCGAAGCAACAAGUUUCCAUUUCUUUGUGGAUACCAUGGUUCCCCAAGAAUGCAAAAUCUGUUAGCCGGUGGCACUUCAAUGGAAUGCAAAAUCUCCAAGUGUUAAUCACAGAUGGUUUAGAUUACUCCGGUAUUGUAGUCAUCUUGCUAGAUAUAUGGCAUGAGUUGUUGCCCUACGACCCUAAGAUCGAGAGAGCUGUUAGGAAAAAAGAAACUAAGGUAGUUGAUCCUAUCAUCACAAUGGUAGAAAAUUUAGAGCCCAAAAUUCUAAGGGAGUAUUUCACUCCCAUCACCACAAAUUCCCCAUCAUGCAUAGUAUUGCCUAACACUACUGCAGCUCAUUUCGAGUUGAAGCCUCCAAUUCUUCAACUGUUGCCAAAUUUUCGUGGAUUAGAUCGUGAGGACCUGUACAUGCAUGUCAAAGAAUUUCUAGACAUUUGUUCCACCUUCAAGUUCCAGAACUUUUCAGAUGAGUCUGCCCACUUGUGUCUGUUUCCCUUUUCCUUAAAAGCUAAGGCGAAAAGUUGGUUGAAUUCCCAACCACCAGAAUCCGUCACUUCUUGGGAUGAAUUAGUCAAAAAAAUUUUAUCUAAAUUUUUUCCCAAGUCCAUAACCAAUUCCCUUAGGAGAAAUAUUUCCGACUUUAGGCAAAAAGAUGAUGAACAGUUCUAUGAAUCUUGGAAAAGAUUCAAGGAUUUGAUUCUGAAGUGUCCCCACCAUGGUUUUGAAACAUGGAGACUGGUACAAUAUUUCUAUAACGGUUUGACACAGUCGAACCGUCAUAUGAUAGAGUCGAUGAAAGGAGGAGCAUUUUUUAGCCUUAGAGAUGAUGAAGCCUAUGAAUUUCUAGAGAACUUGUGUGAAAAUUAUCAACAAUGGGAUUUUUCUAAUCAAUAUCAUAGGCAUGUGAAGGAACCCAAGAGAGGUGGUUUGUAUGAGGUCAGAAGUGAUUCUGAUUUAGAACUAAAAAUCGAGAGUUUGUCAAGAAAGGUUGAAGCUUUAACUUUAAGUAAAAUUGUGAGUUCAGUUAACCAAGUCCAGUCCGAGGUCUGUUCUUUUUGUGAAAGCCCAAUGCAUUAUGCUCAAACUUGUCCAUCCAUGUGCGGCUACUCUGACAGCCACACUGAGCAAGCCAAUGCCCUGAACAAUUUUAGGAAACCAUUUGGCGAACAAGUUGAUAACAAGGUUCAGAUGCCUAACCCAGAUGAUGAAGCAACCCAAGAAAAAUCCAAAGAUGGAGAUACACCAAUCUCUCCUGACACCCAAUCAUCGGGUGCCCCCAAAAUCCAGACCAGCCUUAUAAGCAAGCAGCCAGUUGAGAAUGACGACGUUGGUGAGGUCAAUUUGAUUGACAACUUAGUGUUAGAUACUUUCCACCAAUCUAGCAUUAUGGACCUUUUAGAGGCAUGCCUAGCUCAUUUUGAGCCACUACCUUUGUCUUUGUCCCGUCCUAUCCCUUCCAUUGUUAAGCCUCCAAUAGACUUGAAACAACUGUCUGAUACUCUCAAGUAUGUGUUUUUAGGUCCAUCUUAGUCAUUGCUUGUCAUCAUUGCUUCUGAUUUGAGUAAUACUCAGAAAGAAAAAUUGUUGACAAUUCUUAAGGAGCAUAAGGAAGCCAUAGGAUGGUUGAUAGCUGACAUUAAAUGUAUUUCUCUAUAUAUCGUCAUGCAUAAGAUUCACCUUGAUGAAAAUGCUAAGCCUUCUCAUGAAUCACAAAGACGUCUGAAUCCUACCAUGAAAGGAGUUAGAGCUGAAGUGUUGAAACUUUUAGAUGUUGGUGUCAGUUACCCAAUUUCUGAUAGUGAGUGGGUGAGUCCUGUUCAAGUUGUCCCGAAAAAGUCAGGUAUCACUAUUGUUAAAAAUGAUUACAAUGAGUUAGUUCCCACAACAAUCCAAACUGGUUGGCGCGUGUGCAUUGACUACCAUAAGUUAAAUGCCAUGACGAGGAAAGAUCAUUUUCCUCUUCCUUUCAUUGAUCAAACAUUGGAAAGGUUAGCUGGUCAUGCAUACUACUGUUUCUUGGAUGGUUAUUUUGGUUAUAACCAAAUUCCCAUUGCACCAGAGGAUCAAGAGAAAACCACUUUCACUUGUCCUUUUGGAACCUUUACAUACCGUCACAUGCCCUUUGGGUUAUGCAAUGCACCAACUACUUUUAUGCAGUGUAUGGUCUCUAUGUUUUAUGAUAUGGUAAAGCGUUUCCUUGAGAUAUUCAUGGAUGAUUUCUCAGUCUUCGGAUCUUCAUUUGAUGAGUGCUUGCACCAUCUUUCCCUUGUCUUAGCUCAGGUUGACAAGACCAAGGUCGAUUUAAUUUUUAAUCUUCCACCCUCAAGGACCGUUAAGGAGAUUCGUUCAUUCCUAGGCCAUGCUGGAUUUUACCGUAGGUUCAUCAAAGACUUCAGCAAAAUUUAUCGUCCUUUGUGCAGUUUGCUUACCAAAGACGCUCCAUUUGUCUUUACUGAUGAAUGCCUACAUGCUUUUGAAAAGCUCAAGUCACUUUUGAAUUCUGUCCCCAUCAUUCGACCUCUCGAUUGGAGUGUCCCUUUCGAAAUCAUGUGUGAUGCAUUUGAUUAUGCCACAGGUGUUGUCUUAGGACAGCAAAUCAAUAAACUUCCCCAUGUCAUAUACUACUCUAGUAAGACUCUCUCUGAUGCACAACUCAAUUACUCCACCAUUGAAAAAGAGUUAUUGGCGGUUGUUUUUGCGCUAAACAAGUUUAGGUCUUAUCUCUUAGGAUCUAAAGUCAUUGUUUUUUCAAAUCAUCCUGCAUUGAAGUAUCUUUUGUCUAAAAAGGAUGCAAAUCCUCGUCUAAUUCUAUGGAUUUUGUUGCUACAAGAGUUUGACAUUGAGAUCAAAGAUAAGAAAGGUUCUGAGAAUGUUGUAGCUGACCAUUUGUCUGAAUUGAUUGUCGAAGCUAAUGAGGACUCUUCCCCAAUCAUUGAGUCUUUUCCUGAUGAGAAACUUAUGCAUAUUUCUCAUUUUCCAUGGUAUGCUGAUAUUGUGAAUUAUCUUGUAACUAGUGAGAUGCCAUCACAUUGGAGCAAACAAGAUAAAUUAAAGUUCUUAAUCUUGGUAAAACACUUCUUUUGGGAUGACCCUUACUUGUUUAAGUAUUGUCCCGAUCAGAUAAUUAGGAGAUGUGUCCCUGAAAAUGAGUAUUGCAAAACCUGUGACCGUUGUCAAAAGUUAGGAAGCCUUUCUAGGAGAAACAUGAUGCCCUUCAACCCAAUCUUUAUUGUUGAAAUCUUUGAUGUUUGGGGUAUUGAUUUUAUGGGACCAUUUCCUAACUCUUUUGGUAACUUGUACAUCCUUGUUGCAGUUGAUUAUGUGUCUAAGUGGGUAGAAGCUUUAGCAUGCAAAACAAAUGAUCACAAGGUUGUGAUAGGAUUUUUGAAAGAGAAUAUAUUUUCUCGUUUUGGUACCCCUCGUGCGUUCAUUAGUGACGGAGGAAAACACUUUUGUAAUAGGUCAUUUGAGAACUUGAUGAAACAAUAUGGUAUUACACAUAGAGUUGCAACCCCAUAUCACCCACAGACAAGCGGUCAAGUUGAAGUCUCUAAUAUGGAAAUUAAGCACAUUCUUGAGAAGACGGUUAACCCUACUAAGAAAGAUUGGUCUUUGAAACUCACUGAUGCAUUGUGGGCAUACUCGGCAUCUCAAAGGAAGCUCCAACUCAAUGAAUUGGAAGAAAUUCAGAAUGAUGCUUACGACUCUGCAAAAUUGUGCAAGGAUCGAAUGAAGGUGUUUCAUGACAAGAACAUUUUAAGAAAAAAAUUUACACCUGGUCAGAAAGUCUUCUUAUAUAACUCUCGUUUGCAUAUGUUCCCUGGUAAGUUGAAAUCUCGGUGGACCGGUCAUUUUCUUGUUCAUACUGUUUAUCCUCAUGGAGCUGUUGAAAUUGAAAAUCUAAAAAAUUGUGAUGUGUUCAAAGUUAAUGGUCAAAGGUUGAAACCAAUUUUGGAGUUGAAAACUCAUGACAUUGAAGAGGUGCUCCUCAUUGCUCCUUUCUAUCAGGAUUGA